AUGGCAAUGCUGGUAGUUGAACCCCUUCAUUUAGCAUUUCUGCUCGCGAUUCGGCAGAGAUUAUCGACCCAAGGGAUUUCGUUGCCUCAAGCAACGUACUCCACAACGUUGUCGACCGUUGCAGACCAGUUCUGGACCACGGAGCACAUAGAUGAACCACGAAAGUGCGAACCAAUGGGAGCUUCCGCAUUCUUCCUUCUCUUCGCGUUCAGUAAAGAAGCUUACAAAAGAGUCUGGACUCGGAUCAAGACUCACAUUUUCCAGGCGAGCUCUUCUGACACAGCGGUUGAGAACACAACUCACCAAGGUCCUACUGGCCAUAAAGAUGCAAUGCGAAAGGCAAUCUUGGAUUUCUGGAUGGUAACCGAAAUGAUCUACACUCCGCUUAACACCCCCCUCUUCGAGAAGCCGAGAACACACCGAUGUGAAAUACGCGUGCGGUAUCCUGAAGCCUCCCGGUCGCAACUUCAGGGCCGUUCUUCAUCCAUUGAAUUGAAAGCCUUGCGCCACAUCUCCCACGAUGAUGAUGACUGGGAAGACCAUGACAACAGAAACGCAAUCCGAAUCGCGCUUCGCGAAGAUCAACAUUGGUGGGAACUGCAGCAUCAGCGUGGCGAAGAUGAGGUCAGUAACUCGCCAGCUGCAACCCCACUGGUUUCGAAAGUGAGAGUAAACCCAGGAUUGUUGAUAAUAACAGUGUUCCUCACAUCGUACAAAGCAAUGAGCUUAACGAAUUUUUUGUUGGGCGCAAUACCAGCCGCAGCGUCGAAGACGGGGACAAAGGUCUCUGAUCACCAAAACUCCAUUCGGCCGGGGGGUGAUGCAUCAGGCCAAGCACACAGUCUGUCACACCGAAACGAAGGAACGAUGUGCCGCCGACAGACAGUUGUCAUAAAACCUUCCACAGCACUAAACUUGUCACGGAUAACCUUAGCAAGGGUAGCAAGGCAGUUGGUGGUGCAGGAGGGAUUUUGCGAAGACACUUUAUGGAACGAAGGAUCUCGUCCCGAUGACAGUAAAGGCGAAACUUCCGAAUUUGAUGGUGCUCAGAAGCCAAGGAAUAGCAGAGGGAUCCUUCUCAGAAACCGCUGCGAUGCAUCAACGAGUUUCCCGUUCUUGGCUUCAAUAGGAGCCUUGAAGCGCCAGUACCUUGAGUCAAAAAAUACAGAUUUCUGA